AGUUGACUUUACUAAGGCAUAAAAAGGUUAAAUGUUUUGAGCUAAUUUAUGGUAGAACCCAUGUCUCCUUAUGUUAAUUUUUUUUUCUUCUAUUAGACACCAAUUAGCUGGGACCAAAUAGUGUAUAGCCUUGAAUGACAGGCUUAGUACUUGCCUCUUUAUUAAGGCAAUUGGAAGUAAUCCAUUUUUGAUCAGGAGACUGUCAGUUACAGCUGAACUUUAGAAAUAUUAAUCUGGCUGCCGUGUACAAGAAGAACUGUGGGUGAAAAAGACUGGAGGUGGAAAGACCAUUUAGGAGGAUACUAGUCAAGGCCUUUAUCCUAGUGCAAUGCUUUCCUAUGAAGUACAUUCAAGCUGAAUCUUGGAACAGAAUAGGCUGCUUGGGCCUGGAGAGCUAAUCUCUUUGAGCAGCUGAGAAAAGUGGCAGUCUCUGGAGAGCUCUCUUCAUUCAGGCUGGAGUAUGCUUCACCAUUGUACAGUCUUCCUGGCCAUAUGAUGGGAACAAAAAAGCUGAUGAGGAAUUCCAUCUUAAUCUUGCACUCCUCCUGUGUCUACACAAAAUGGAAAAAGGACAUAUACAAUUAAAUGGGAAUUGAUUUAAAGAGUAUAGUAGAAACUUUGGUAAUUCUCAUGAUCUCAGGUAUCUGAAUUACAGAAAAGGACACCAAAAUGCCACCAGCAGCAAGUGGUCCACUUCAGUAUUCACCCCCAGAUGGAGGAUGGGGCUGGGUUGUGGUCCUUGGUGCUUUCAUUUCCAUCGGAUUUUCCUAUGCAUUUCCCAAAGCCAUCACAGUGUUCUUCAAGGAAAUUCAGGAGAUAUUUCACAGUACUUACAGUGAGAUAGCAUGGAUAUCAUCCAUUAUGCUUGCUGUUAUGUAUGGAGGAGGUCCAAUAAGCAGUAUUUUGGUGAAUAAAUAUGGCAGCCGGCCAGUAAUGAUAGCAGGAGGUAUACUAUGUUCUUUGGGAAUGAUUUCUGCUUCUUUUUGUAAUAGUGUAAUACAACUUUACCUCUGUGUGGGACUUGUUGGAGGUUUGGGCUUAGCUUUCAACCUACAACCUGCCUUAACCAUGAUUGGCAAGUACUUUUACAAGAAGAGACCCAUUGCUAAUGGAUUGGCCAUGGCUGGAAGUCCUGUGUUCUUAAGUACAUUGGCACCUUUCAAUCAGUUUCUUUUCAAUCAUUUUGGCUGGAAAGGGAGCUUCUUGAUAUUAGGAGGGCUCCUUUUGAACUGUUGUGUGGCUGGUUCACUCAUGAGACCUGUUGGACCUAAACAAGCUCCUGCUAGAAAUGAUGUUGAGAAAGUAGUGGGAGAGACAAGUGCACAGAAAGACAUCAAGAGAAAAUCAGCGUGUGAAACCAUCAAUAAAUAUUUAGACCUGUCCCUUUUCAAGCACAGAGGGUUCCUGAUUUACCUAUCAGGAAAUGUCAUUAUGUUUAUUGGCUUUUUUGCACCAAUUGUGUUCCUGGCACCAUAUGCAAAACACAAAGGAAUUGAUGAAUAUUCUGCAGCCCUUUUGCUGUCCAUCUUGGCCUUUGUGGAUAUGUUUGCUCGGCCUUCCAUGGGUUUAUUGGCAAACACCAAGCUGAUCCGGCCUCGUAUCCAGUACUUCUUCAGUUUUGCAGUCUUGUAUAAUGGCAUCUGUCAUCUAUUGUGCCCUCUGGCAGAAAGCUACACUGGCUUGGUGGUAUAUGCUGUAUUUUUUGGCUUUUCCUUUGGCAUGGUCAGCAGUGUCCUCUUUGAAACCCUCAUGGAUCUUGUCGGUGCCACAAGAUUCUCCAGUGCAGUGGGACUUGUCACCAUUGUGGAAUGCUGCCCUGUUCUGAUUGGCCCUCCAUUGGCAGGUAAACUGGUGGAUGAAACUGGAGAAUAUAAGUACAUGUAUUUUUGCUGCGGGGUGAUUGUGACUAUAGCUAGUAUAUGGCUGUUCGUUGGCAAUGCUAUCAACUAUAAGAUGUUGGCAAAGGAAAAAAUGUUAGAAGAAGAAAAGCAGAAAGCCCUAAACCAUGCUGACUCCAAGGAAGUAGAGCCUUUGACCAAUAACGAAAAUGAUGAAGUUUCUGUCCAAGCUACCAAAGUACUUGAUGAUCCCUCAGAAAGAGAAACAAAUAUUUAAUGGGAAUCAUCACUCAGAUAUCAAUGUUUCCAACUUCCUUUAAAACAUAAGGCAGUUUUUUUUUUUAGUUAUAAUGAUCAGCCAUAGUUAUUGUUGGAGAUAGAAUUUUGUUCAACGACAAGAUUCUAAUCUGUUUGCUAUUGAUGGGUUUUUUUAUGAUUGUGGUGGUGGUAAGAUUUUUUGUUGUUGUUGAGUUGCGAAUAUGCAAAGGAGUCCAGUCUCAACCAUGAUUCUGAACUCUGGGCGUUAGAUAUUGAUUUAAAGUCUUCCAGUGACAAGUGAACUUGGUCACAAAUACAGAAGUAAAUUCUCAUUACUACAUUAUCUGCUUCAUAUGCUACAGGAAAAUAUUUGUCUGAACCCUCAGGAUGAUAUUUAUUCCUAUGGAUCUCUCCAUUUCACAGUGUUUGUUUGUUUGUUUGUUUGUUUAAUGCUUGACAAAAAGAAUGGAAUCAACUAAAGGGAGUAAAAGAAUGCUACAAAGAGUAUUGAGGAUAAAACCAACACCAGACCUAUGUACAAUACAACCAAUAACAUACUAUUUGUGGGAUUUUUGUUUGUUUAAAUUACAGUAUGCCCAGGGGGACAAAAUGGAUGUAUUAUUUUUACAUUAGCCUUUACAGUACGAUGUUAAAUCAGGAGAUUAAAUGAGUAGGUCUUUAUUCUAAAUGCAA